UCCCAGGCUGCUCCGCGCCGCAGCCGGGGGAGGUGGAGCCGCUUUAUCGAGAGCCGAAGUGGAAAUUUCCCCCUCUCAGUUGCCGGCUCCGCCGCGGAGGAGACGCCAGCGACAGCCGCUCGCCCUACCUCGCCCCGUGUCGCGUCCCGUCCCGCCCGACCGCUCGCCCCGCUGCCAUGUCCAACUACAUCCACGUCCCGCCCGGCUCCCCGGAGGUGCCCAAGCUGGACAUCACUGUCAGCGAGCGGGAGGGGCCCGGCUACCGCCAGGGCGCCCUGCAGCUUCUGCGCCGCCUGCGGCCCCACUGGAGACCCGAGGAGGUGACGCUGCAGCUGUUCACCGAUGGAAUCACCAAUAAGUUAAUUGGCUGCUAUGUGGGUGACAUAACGGAUGAUGUCGUCCUAGUUAGGAUCUAUGGAAAUAAGACCGAGCUCUUAGUAGAUCGAGAUGAAGAAGUGAAGAGUUUCCGCGUGCUGCAGGCCCAUGGCUGCGCACCUCAACUAUACUGUACUUUCAAUAAUGGCCUGUGCUACGAGUUCAUGCAGGGAGAAGCCCUGGAUCCAGAGCAUGUAUGCAAUCCAGAUAUUUUCAGACUCAUUGCCAGACAGCUUGCUAAAAUCCAUACUAUUCAUGCACACAAUGGAUGGAUCCCUAAAUCUAAUCUGUGGCUCAAGAUGGGGAAAUACUUCUCUCUCAUACCCGCAGAAUUUGCAGAUGAGGAAGUAAAUAAAAGGUUUUUAAGUGAUAUUCCAAGUCCUCAAAUUCUUCAGGAAGAGAUGGCCUGGAUGAAGGAAAGACUGUCAAAUUUAGGAUCACCAGUGGUACUCUGUCACAAUGACCUGUUGUGUAAGAAUAUUAUUUACAACAAGAAGCGAGGUGAUGUGCAGUUCAUAGACUAUGAGUAUUCUGGAUACAACUACCUGGCUUAUGACAUUGGAAAUCACUUCAAUGAAUUUGCAGGAGUAAAUGAGGUAGACUACAGCCUUUAUCCUAACAGAAAAUUACAGGAACAAUGGCUGAGAUCUUACCUUGAGGCCUACAAAGAAUAUAAAGGAUUUGGCACAGAAGUCAGUGAAAAAGAAGUUGAAGUUCUAUAUGUCCAAGUCAAUCAGUUUGCACUGGCUUCCCACUUCUUUUGGGGACUGUGGGCUCUAAUUCAAGCCAAAUAUUCCACCAUUGACUUUGAUUUUCUAGGGUAUGCAAUUGUUCGGUUUAACCAGUAUUUCAAAAUGAAGCUGGAGGUCAUGACAUUAACUCUUCCUGAGUAAUGAAGAGGGAGAAACUUACCAAGUGGAUAGACAACCCCUGAAUCUUUUCUGAGAACAGAUACUGGAAAAAAAGCUAAACAUUUAUUGAAGUUCUAUAAUGCUCACUUGGUGGUUCUUGCUUUAUAAAUAAUGCCUCUAAACAGUCCUUCGAUGUUAAAUUUAAUAUGAAGAGCAUACGUACUGCUGUUGAUAUAAAACAGAUUAGAAACUUGCUAAACCUAUAAAAAGUUGUAGAAAUGGCAAUUUAAUCCUUCUUUGUGAUUUAACAUAUGUUGUAUGUGAAUUAUUUAUUAUAAGUUUAACAUGAUUCCAUUGCUGCUUUCAUCAGUUUCUGUAAAAGUUGAGUUCAGACAGUGAAGUUGUUCCAAAGGAUUUGUUUAACAACUUAUUUUAUUGAAGUUGCAUUAACUUAUAUUAAAGAAAACAUGAUGAGAGAAUAUUAACCUUUUAGAUGUAUACAAGUAAAAUGAGUGAUAAUAGACUUGUGAGAACACCAGUGUGAUGUAACUAGGGAAAAAGGUUAGGAUGAUCUUUUUUUUUUUUUCCCCCAUCUCUUUAAAAAAAGAACAAGGUAGCUUUCCAUAUGAUGGUACUUCAGUUUUGUAUAAGAAUUAACCAGCUUGCUGGAAAGAUAAAUAAUGUUUUGAUUUUUCCUUCUUGAUGUGUUAAGCUGUAGAAAUGUGAAAUUUCUGUGGCCAUCAUUCUUUGAGGAUAUGUACCAUCUCUAACUUCUGUGGGAAAGCUGCUUGUUUAUUUAGUGUACUUUUAAAGCAAAAGACCACUAUUCCAAAUCUAUAUUCCUUUUUGAAACUUGAUUCUAAAUUUGAACACUAUUCUGGUGUCUAUAUUUGAUGUGCGUCAGCAGUAUCUAGCAGAAUGGAUUAUUGAAUUGAAGAUUAGUGAACAGAGAUCCUGUUGCACUGGGGAGCAAGACGCUUAGGUUUACAGUUUGUGAAUUAUUGACAUUUUUCUGCUUUGUCAUCUUCUAACCUUGGAUUCUAGUCUUAAAUGCUUGGUCUUGUAGUUGCAGAUUCUGGUAUGUCUGGUUUUAUGUGUUUGGGUUUUUUUAAAUUUUAUUUUAUAGUUUGUUUUGUUGUUUUUGCUUGGUGUUGUUUUUUUUUCCCCUCUCUCUUUCUUCCUGUGGCAGCAAAUUACUUUUCAAGGUCUCCAGUUUGAAGGAUAAUAUGGAAAAGUAUACGACUUGAACAAUGGGGCUUUGAUCAUCACACAGUUUUCUUAUUUCUUAAAGCUAUUAUACCAAGAAUGGUCUGGAUUACAAAAUGUGAAUUGAAAAGAAAAUGUUUACUUAGAAAAACAAUGCAUAAGCUUGCAUGGAAAAGAGGCUUUAAAUCUAAACGGGGGUGGGAGGGGAAGAAACCCACAACAGAAAAAUAAAACCCAACAAUGCAGUGUGGAGUUGGGCAGGCAUGUGCUCAACUCUGAUUAUACUCUGAAAAACUUUGCACUUUGGUCACAUAAGUGCCCACACAUACAAAGUCUGUGUGUGUGCAUGUAUGCGCGCAAACACAAACUUACCUGAAGAGUAAAUAUUGUGGGGAGUCUGUUGUACAGACUCCAGCAAAGAUAUUUAUUCAAAAUUGCUUUAUGGCACACAGCUGUGUGUGUAUGUGUAUAUAUGUGUAUGCAUAUGUACACAUAUAUAUACAUAUGUGCUUUACAAAAGCUUGGAUUGAUUCAGGACAAAGAAAAUUGAUGUGAAUGAAAAAUUUUCACCUUGAAAGACCAUUUUGAAUGGCAUUCUGUUAUUUUACAAAAGCAAGGUUUGGGAUUUUUUUUCCUUCUUAAUUUGUUUAUAUUCAUCUCUGAAUGUUUCCAAUUUAAAAAAAAAAAAUUCCUUCAGUCAAAACCUUAAAAAUACUGAUAAAAAUGGGAGAACUGGGAUUUUUUUGUAACUUGAAAUUAGGUAACCAUUUCCGUUAGCAUUUGUUAUCUGGAGGCUAUUUUACUGGACAAAUUUUCUUGGUAGUUAAAUAAAAACAAAUAGCUAAAAUAGACAUUUAUAUUUUCCUUUGUAGCAGUUAUCAAGGAUGUUGCUAGAGCUCAUAAAAGCACUGAAGACUUUAAUUUUCUGUACUUUUUCCCUGUUGACAUUAUUGACAUAUGUUGAAUAACAUCCUGCUGUCUUGGUAGUCCCUUUGAGUUCAGCAAGAUCUGCUUGGAAGCAAGAUGGAUGAAGGUUUUUGAACUCUUACUACUAUUUUCUUCAAGAGGUGGCUUUAUAUCUGGCAGUGUUGGUUUGUAUUUGUGAAAUAUUUGAAAAAAACUGUGAAGUUCACUUGGUCUUGGGAAACCCAACACUUGAGAGAUCCUAACUUUCCCAACAGUUGGCAAAACACAUUCCCUUUUCAGGUACCAGUACUAUUUAAGUUUGGAGUUAGUGUAUUUCUUCUUCAGUAAUAUUUUUGUUUGUAUAGUUCAAGUAGCAAUAACUGUAGGAGUGGAAGCUUGCUUCUGCAGAACCAAAGCUCUUCAUGAGUGCAGCUCAAUCUCAUUCUUGUGGAUUGACGUUCCACUGAAUCCCAUAAAAGCACUUUGAAGCAGAUAGUAAAUACUGCAAGCUUUUCCUGAGCCACUUCGAAGAAGCACAAGGAUUAUCACAGGUUACGGUGGUUGACUUUGCAGUACUGGUAGAGGCUUUCAUUUUGCAUGUUGAAAUUCAUUUUACACACUUAAAUGCUGCUUUGCAUCAGCUUUCUUUCAAGACAAGCACAGAUUAAAACAAAUCCUGAUAAGUUCUGAGGAAAUACUGUAAAACAUUUUCCAAAAUGAAAUGCCAGUUACCUUGAGCCUUGUUCCAUGUCCGUUUGAGCCAGUAGCAUUCCGAUAUUCUGACUUGCUAAGGAAUAUCUACAGAUGUGUUAAGUUUGAAGCAGUAGUUUGCAAUAGCAUUGCAGAUUAUAAGGUAGCUUGAAACUGUGAAUACAGGACAUUCUGAAUGUAAGUUAGGUACUAGAGAACAUGUACUUGUUUCAAUUAAUUUAUCUCAGUCUCUUUAUUAGCAAUGUUAAGGUAUUUGAAAGAGGACAAAAAAUGACUGAGCUCUAGAAACAUCCUGUAGUAGUUUUGACUGUGACUUGCCAAGAAGAUACUCUGUUGCCUUUAUGUUAAGCUAAGGGCAUGAAUGCCAAAAUUAAUAAUUCUUACUGUAGCUAAACCUAUAUUGUAAAUAUAAAGAGGAUUAUUAGUAAUGGCAUUCUUGCAUAAAUAGCAUCAAGUCAAUAGACCAUAGUGGCCUGGUUGCUUUUGUAAAGCAGAAUAGUGUGAAUUUUUCUUCUCAUUUCUGCAGUCAGAUCUGGCUAAUUCCUGCCUAAUUUCUUAGGUCACCUAAGCAUGAAAGAUUUCUGAAUGAUAACUAGUCUCUUUUCACAUAAUUUUUAAUUCCUUCAUUUAUACUUCUUGAUUUGAAUUUUAAAAAGACUUACCAAAUUUGCAUUAACCAGGUCUGACUGUAUGUGUAUAUACAACAGUGUAAAUAACCAUUUGUAAAUUAGUGUGAAUUGUAUUGUAUCUUGCAUUUAUGGACUUGUGUAUUGCAUUGUAUUCUCUCCUAUUUUGUAGAAAUUUUGAUGUAAAGAAGAAAUCUAACUGUGUGCAGACUUCUUUUGUUAAAUUGACCUGUAACAAAUCAUAAUAGUUUUAUGUUAAGGUACCCAUUUAUAGCCUUGGGCAUCCAGUGUUUUUUUCCUGUUAGCUUUUUUGGCAUCUUGCUCUUGGGAAUGAUUCUGGGAAUAAAGGAAUUUUUACAGUACUAAAAUGAAGAGAAAGUGUAUUCUAAUAAUAGGGCAGACUGUGUCAGAGGUACAUGUGGUACCUGUGGCAUAGGGAAAGCUGUUAAAAUUGUUUAUUUAAAUUUCCAAGAAAUUCCUAUACAUUCUUGAAUGCUGGUGACUUCUAAACAUAAGCAUGUUGAAUUGAAGUACUCUUAAAGUGUGCGUUCCCACGGUGACAGCAAUUGAGUUAGUUGUGAUAGAAGUCCCCCAACUUAAAUGUUUUUCGUGGAUAUAGCCUUAUAAUAGAAUUAGAUGCUAACUUGUAAAUGCUUAUGCUAAAUGCCCAAAUCACUAAAAUAGUUCUGCCAGUCAUUUUCCAACACUAGAACUACUAGUAGCCCCAUCAGACUAUUUGAAAUUUACCUGAGGUAUUUUCCCUGUGUGCCAUUCUCUCUCCCCGCCCCCCCCCCCCCCCCCCCCCCCCCCGUGCCCACAACUGUACUUCAGUAGGGGAAACAUGAAUAGAAAAGAUUCCUUUCCAUACUUAAUUAUCACAGUUUCCUUUUUCACUAAAAUCGUGGUCUGUUAUGUCAGUACAUAACUGCUCAUCAGAAUUUUUUUAAGUAGGAAGUCCCUUUCUGAAGAGGCUUUUAAUCUUGGAAGCAUAGAUGUAAUGAAGCAUAGUUUUCCCCAAAUGCUUGACUAUAUUUCAUUACUGUUGCCUUUUGCUGUCUGUUUUGAAUUCCAUAGUGUCCUUCAAGCUGUUAGUUUAUUCCUGUCACUGCGGUGUUUAAUAACUGCUGGAAAAUACUGGUGUGCAAAUCUCAUUGUCCAUCUGACAAAUUGAUCUUGAUACAGGUUGUACAUCCUGUCAGCUUUACCUGCACUGGAUGAAAGGUAUGCAUGGUUAUCAGUGUUGACACUUGAAGUUAGAAGAGUCCUGGGAACUGAGUUUAUCAAAGCUGUGUUAGUAAAGAGGAGGGAUGGGCUCAGUAAAUAUAAGUAAAAGGAAAUUGUACAUGUGGAAACUCAUGCUUAAGCUUUUGAUGUAGCAAGGUAUUGGACAAUGGUUAAGGACAAGAGCAAAUUGUAAAGUUUGUUUCAAAAUGAAGUUCAGGUUUUUUUAAAAGUCUUUGGUAGCUAACAGAAUCUCACAAAAUACUAUUUUGUUACUUCUACAAAAAAAAAAAAAAAACAAACAUUAAAACAAAUUUGGGUAACUUUCUGAUUAAACAAAACUUUGUUCUGUAGCCCAGUGGAAUAUCAUCUCUUGCUUGGGGUAGUCCUUCCUGUUGUUUGCCGAGGAGGUUGACCACGUUUUACCCAUCUGCGUUUGAGGUUCCUGUCUAUUCUUUGUUUUUGUAUUGUUUAGUGCUCUUGGAUGCAUUGUAAGGUGUGGUAGAUUACUAAACUACUGGAAUUAGCAACUGUCUCGUAUCAUCUUUUCCACACCAGGCUGGUUGGAAUGGUAGUAGAACAGAAAGCAUUUGAUCAGACCUUGACACAAAGCAAGGCUGAUGUUGAGCAGUUUUGCAGCUGAUGCUCUUCCCCUCUUUUUAUUACUGUGGACUGCAAGCUGAUUGUUUUCAUUCGUUGUGAAAGACACAAACAGCCAUGGCCUUUGGUCUUGAGCAAGGUAGGUGUUCUGUUAGCCAACCACACAACUUUUAAGAAAGAGGCUUUCAGCAGCAGUUGGGACAUAUUGGAAGAAAGCUAAAUUUGUGGCACUUAGACCUCUGGAGUGGAAAGGAAAAUGUGUGAAACGUUUGCAUGUGCUGGGUGUAUGGAGGUGCUCUGUCAUAAUGAUGUGGUGAGACACUGGAAAAAGCAUUGUUUGGUUUUUUAAUUUUUUUAUUUCCAAAAGUGACUUUUGCAAUUGAUCUGAUCUGUAGAGAUUAAUUUCCUGUGAUUAGGAAAUGAGUCAGCCUGGGGAAGAGAGAAGAAACAUUUCAAAAGAUUAUUAAACCCCAAAACAACCCCAUGCAGUUGAUUAAUCUGCAACACUUAAGUGUGUGUUGGGAUUUUCUGUUUAUUUAAUAGUGUAAGUGGUAGUCUGCACAAGUCCUUUAUUUAAUGGUUUUAUUAUUAUUGUGAAAUGUCAGAAAACUGACUGGAAUGGCCCUGAAGCCUGUUAUGAUCUUAGAACAGGUGGCCAUACUUCACCAGAUUACCAAACUUCUGGUUCACGAUUUUUAUAUUAGCUGUUUUUGAAGCCUUCUAAAAUUGUUGAGCUGCUGUCUCAGGUUCCCUAUGUUGUGGAACCUAAUGGGGUUCCCAAAUAUGUUUGAUUUGAUGUUUACAGAGAAAUGACAGAGAAAACUUGGUGGAAAUUAAAAGUUGUGUGAACAUUUAGAAAGCAAAUUACUUGAAAUCUAACAAACUUUGAAAAUAAACGCUGAAAUAACUUCAGGUACUGCACCAGCCUAUUUUUGUGGUAUUGCAACUGUUUUUUCUGUGUUAAGGUUUUUUUUUCCCCAUGCAAAAAACAAGGUGAAAAAGACCAUGUAAAAGAAACAAGAAAAAUGUAUACAAUGCCAUAAAAUGCAGCGUGAACUGGAAAAAAGUAUAUGUUUCUCAGCUUUGGUAGUAGUAGUUCUUAAGUGUUUUUAAAAAAUGGUAGGUGUCCAAGUCUUCAGUGUGAAGGGUUUUUUUUUUGUUUUGGUUUUUGUUUUUUCCUAGAAAUGUUUCUUUUAAUAUUUUGUAUCUCAGAUGCAGUCUGUGGUAGUUAAUAAUGCUGCUUUGUACACAAGUGCUUUGAAUAGUCUCAGCACUGAGAAUGUAUCCAAUCUUAAAUAUGACUUAGAUUCAUUGGUUCUGUCUCAAGCCUCUUAGUCCAGCUGUCUAAAAACCUUUAGAUACUUGCAGAAACAGGGCCAUAGCAUAUUAGGGAUAUAUGCCAUUUUGUGGUUUUUUGUUACUGCAUAUUUUUCAGUGUUCUUUUAAACACAAGUCCCAUUUAUGUCCUGUGAAUAAAAGAAGCUCAAUUUCCAAAUAAACCUUUAUCACCUUCCAGCACUGUCAUCCCCCCCAAAAGUCCCAUGAUCCUUCUUGUAUGUUGUGGAAUUAGAUGCAUCAUUUAUCCAUCGGAGUGAAUUGUAUUUCUUUUCAACUAAAUGUUAUUGAAGCUAUUAUAAGGCCUUCUACCACUGAUUAAAUGAUGUACCUUUCAAAGAGAUUUAUAUUGUGUAAAUAAUUUCAAAUUGCAACAAUAAAGUUUGUUUCUAACUGCA